GACGGGAUAUAAUUCAGUUGUCGAGAUUACACAUUUAUUGUGAAGGAGUUGGGACGGAAGUCCUGCCGUUGUUGCUGCCGGUUGAGCAGCACCAGGCGAACCAAGAUGGCGGAGUACCUGGCGUCCAUUUUUGGUACAGAGAAAGAUAAGGUCAACUGUUCUUUUUAUUUUAAAAUUGGUGCCUGCCGACAUGGAGACCGCUGCUCCAGAUUACACAAUAAACCGACAUUCAGCCAGACGAUUGCCCUCCUGAACAUUUACCGGAACCCUCAGAACAGUGCCCAGUCUGCUGAUGGUCUGACAUGUGCCAUCAGUGACAUGGAGAUGCAGGAGCACUAUGAUGAGUUUUUUGAGGAGGUCUUCACAGAGAUGGAAGAAAAGUACGGAGAAGUGGAGGAGAUGAAUGUUUGUGACAACCUCGGGGACCAUCUUGUAGGAAAUGUGUAUGUGAAGUUCCGUUAUGAAGAGGAUGCUGAGAAGGCCGUGAUAGACCUGAAUAACCGGUGGUUUAAUGGACAGCCCAUCCAUGCUGAGCUCUCUCCUGUCACAGACUUCAGAGAAGCCUGCUGUCGCCAGUAUGAAAUGGGGGAGUGCACUCGUGGUGGCUUCUGUAACUUCAUGCAUCUGAAGCCCAUCUCGCGUGAACUGAGGAGAGAGCUCUACGGGCGUCGGAGGAAGGGCCGUGGCCAUAGGUCCCGGUCUCGAUCGAGAGAGAGGCGAUCUCGCUCCAGGGACAGAGGUCGAGGAGGUGGAGGUGGCCGCGACCACGAGAGACGUCGCUCCAGAGACAGAGAGCGUUCAGGACGAUUCUGAACCACAAGCCAUGACUACUUGUCCUUCCCUCCCUGUAUCCAGUCCCAGUUGGUUUCUUUUUUAAGUUUGUACCGUUCAGAUCUGUUCUAGGACUAAGUGAAAGGUACCUGAUUUUGAAGCUGUGACGGCAUUGAUGAACACGUUUUUUCUUGAUUUCUGAAAAUGACUUUCACCUCCAUUAAAUUUAACAUUUUUACUUAACGUGACUGUUUCAUGAAUUGUACUUUUUUUUUAUUUCAUAGCAUGAAUAAUUUUUUUUGCUGCCUACUAAGAACCAAAUGUACACACUCACCCUUAUUAAACAUGGUUUUAGCACA